GUUCAUCAUGUCGUCUCAUUUGCAGUGGAUGGUCAUCAGGAACUGCUCCAGCUUCCUCAUCAAGAGGAAUGGGCAGACCUACAGCACUGAGCCAAACAAUCUGAAGUCCAGGAACUCUUUCCGCUUCAAUGGCUUGGUGCACAAAAAGACUGUUGGUGUGGAGCCAGCUGCCGAUGGCAAGGGUGUUGUAGUGGUGCUGAAGAGACGUGCAGGCCAGCACAAACCUGCCUCAUCUUAUGUAAAAGUCACCAUCAACAAGAACUCCCGCGCCACCCUGAACAGCCUGAGGCACAUCAUUAGCAAGAACAAGUACAGGAAGGACCUGCGCAUGGCUGCUUUGCGUCGCGCCAGUGCUAUUUUGAGGAGCCAGAAGCCUGUUGUCAUCAAAAAGAAGCGCGCCAGGGCUGUGAAGACAGCAUAAACUGAUUUACAUGACAGAUAAAUAAAAACUUUUUGUUUGGACAAACAA